GUUACCUCAACUCCAAGAGGGAGAGAGAGAGAAGUCUAGAAAUGAGCUUAGAACUCACUACCCAUAAAAACCCACCACCCAAUUUACUUAACAACUCCUCCUAAAACCCUAGAAUUUCACCUUUUUUGAAACCAGAAAUUCACCGAGAUGCCAGAGGAUUUGGAGUUGCGAGAAAUUUCAGCUAUAGCAGCCACGGCUACAGCCGUUGUUCCGUCGUCGUCGAAUCUGAAUGAUAAUAAUGGGUCCGGUGAAUUUGGUGAAGAAGUGGGAGGAGCAGAAGGUGGGGGCAUGGGCAUGGGCGAUGGUGAUCGGAGCUUUCCAGGAAAUAGGUGGCCUCGCGAGGAAACGUUGGCUUUGCUGAAGAUAAGGUCUGAGAUGGACUUCGCCUUUCGGGAUUCCACCAUUAAAGCGCCUCUGUGGGAUGAGGUUUCCAGGAAACUAGCUGAGCUUGGAUACAUCAGAAGCCCCAAAAAGUGCAAAGAGAAGUUCGAGAACAUCUAUAAAUACCACAAGAGGACCAAAGAAUGUCGAUCUGGCCGACAGAACAACAAAAGCUAUCGAUUCUUCGAGCAAUUAGAGCUUCUGGAUUACCAAUCCUCCCUCCCAUUACCUUCACCGAGUUACAUCCACUCUCAGGAGCCUUCCAUAAUGACAUCAAUUGUCCCAACUACAAAAAAUCCAUUUACCAUCCCUCAAAAUAUCCCCAUUCGGAAUUCAGAACUCUUCAUAUCUACCUCCACAUCCACCACAUCAUCAUCCGAGAAAGAUAUCAUAGGCGACGACAAGAAAAAGAAAAAGUUAGCAGAUUUCUUUGAGAGACUCAUGAAGGAAGUAUUGGAAAAGCAAGAGAGUUUGCAAAGCAAGUUCAUAGAGGCGUUGGAGAAAUGCGAACACGACAGAAUAGCUCGUGAAGAGAAUUGGAAAACGCAAGAGCUGGCUAGAAUCGAGAGGGAGAAAGAGUUGUUGGCUCAAGAACGUGCCAUAGCUGCAGCUAAAGAUGCAGCUGUGCUUUCUUUCUUACAGAACAUAUCCGAGAAAGCAGGACCAGGACCAGGACCCGUUCAAAUGUUGAAGAAAACUAUAUUCGAAACUCCCAGCUUAGUAAAACCAUUAUUCGAUAAAAAGGAAAACGGUAUUGUUAGUUCACCUCAGAUGGGUAGUAGUAGUUCAUCAAGAUGGCCGAAAGCAGAAGUGGAAGAUUUGAUUAAGCUUAGAACCAAUCUCGAUUUGCAAUAUCAAGAUAACGGACCAAAGGGUCCUCUAUGGGAAGAUGUGUCGAUAGCAAUGAAGAAACUCGGGUACGAUAGAAGUUCAAAAAGGUGUAAAGAGAAAUGGGAAAACAUAAACAAGUAUUUCAAGAGGGUAAAAGAGAGUAACAAGAAAAGACCUGUAGAUUCGAAAUCAUGUCCUUAUUUCGAAUUGCUAGAAUCCCUUCGUGUUAGGAAGUUCAAGAAAGGGGAGGACCCGAGUGGGUCAGGUACAAACUUGAAUCCUGUUGACGAAACACCAAUCAUGGACAUGAUGGGUCAGCAGAAAAAUCCUUUAUCGGUUAAUAAUGAAUAUUGUGAAGAUCAAAAUGAAGAAGAAGUAGAAGAUGAUGGGUCUGAUAAUGAGGAAGAAAGUAGAGAUACUUAUGAAAUUGGUAAUAAGAUUUGAGCAUGAAGAACAAAUGACAGCAAUCAAAUAAGGUAAGAGUUAGCAAUAGUUUUGCAUAGAUGGCGUUAUUGUUUUGGGGUAAAUAGUUUGGGAGGGGCACAAUAAUAAUGCUGUUGGUUGGUUGGCUGGUGUAAUAGUAGUUUUGUAUAAUCUAUAUGGGUAUGUCUUUUGAAGGUCUUUUGAAGUUUGAUUCCGAUUGAAAGCGCCUCCAUUGCGAAUGAAGUGUAGGAGUUGUGGUGGUGGAAUUUCGUGUUAGUUUUCUCCGUAAAAAAGAAAAGAAAAAAGAAGCGAUUUUUACCAUUUGUGUAGAAGAAGAAAGCUUUUUAUAUGUUUGUAUGAGUUAGUCAUGUAUUAUAGUAAUAAUAAUAAUGUUGUAUUUGAAGACAUUCUUCUAUCAAUUGAGAAGACAAACAAUAAGAAUUUUCAUAUAGUUUUUUACUGUUUGUAUUUUAUUUUAUUGUUGGAUAUUCCUAUCUUCACAUUUUU